AUGGCCUCUUGUCAUUCGCUGAGCGAAGGUGGAUACGUGUUCGUACCUGGAACAGAAGGAGCAAGCAGUCUUGUGUCCUUGUUGAAAAACAACUCGGUCGCUCAACCAGAAGUGUCAGCAUAUUCCCAGUUCUGGGUUCUCAAUGGGGUGCCUGGUUUCCUCUCAAAGUGUUUGGCGGUCAACAAGGAAACAGGAAUAACAGACAGGAUACCAUGCAGCACCCAGUUACCAACCAUAUGCUCCAACAGCGUCGAGCGUCGAGUCCUGUUCUUUGAAGACAACAGCCUCCAAAUCAAAGUCAACACCUCUGUCGGACAGAUCCAAGGCUGGCGGGAUCAGAAUGCUUUUCGUUUCUUGGGGAUCCCUUAUGCAGAACCACCUGUGGGCAAUCUUCGUUUCGCUGCUCCAGUCCCCAACCCGCCGUUUGCAGACACCCAUGAUGGCACCAAAUACGGACACACCUGCCCCCAAACCCCCAAAUCCAAAGGCGUCGCAACAGAGGUCUUGUCUUGGUUAGCGCAGACUGCAACGGAGGAUGAAGCUUGUUUGAACCUCAAUGUUUACACUCCUAGUCUGAAGGGUCAAGGUCAAGAGCCUCUGCCAGUCAUGCUUUUUUUACACGGCGGCGGAUUUACAAAUUUUUCCGGUUCGUUGAUCAUCCUGGAGCCCGGCAAUCUGGUAUCUAGGGGUGGUGUCGUCAUUGUCACCAUCAACUACCGCCUGGGUCUCUUUGGCUGGUUCGAGAACAUCAAUUCGUGGGCUAGGUCAGCUAUCCCUGGCAACCAGGCGUUUCGCGACCAGAUCCUUGCUCUCCAGUGGGUCCAAGCGAACAUUCCCUCCUUUGGUGGUGAUCCUACCCGUGUAACGGUCUUUGGUCAAAGCGCAGGAGCCAACAGCAUUCGCGCCCUUCUCUCUACACCAUCUGCCUUUGGACUCUAUCAGAGAGUCAUUAGUGAGAGUGACCCGCUCGACAUCCCCUUCAAGUCACCGCAGGAUGCGGCCAGGAUCAACAGCUACUUCUUGACGCUCCUGGGCUGUAACACUGGCAACCUUAACUGUGCACGUGCCGCAUCAGUCAACGAUAUCUUGGAGGCAACAUUGAAGGCUGACCAGCUGGCGCUUGACGAUGAUACAUGGACAACAUUCGGACUGGUCGAGCGACCGACCAACGACGGCGAAUUAAUUGUGGAUGACUUUACGACACUCGUCAGGGAGGGCAGAUACAACACCAACGCUAGUAUCAUGUGGGGUACAGUCAAGGACGAGGCUGGGUUCUAUGUACCCCUCUACUAUACAGAACCUGUCCCUAUCCCACAAGCGACCGAAUCGUUGGAGGUCAUGUUUGAAAAAAAUAGGGCCACCACUAUCCUUGCGUCACCUUACUUCCCACUCUCUUCGAGCGACCCAGAUACCUUCCGAGUGUCUUUCACACAAUUCGGCACGGACUACUACUGGUUAUGCCCGCUCCAAUACUUCAGUCGCAUGAUGACAAAGUACAAGCCCACCUACAACUUUCGUUUCAGCCGUGGGCGUGACAUGCCACUGGUCGAGGGAAGCUUUUGCGCUGCCAGUACAGGCCGCGUUUGCCACUCGAACGAGAUCCAGACCGUCUUUGCAAGUGGUGCUGCUGUCCCCGGGUUCUCUCAAACGGGAGACGAUGCUCGGUUUGCGCGCCAAGUCGUUGAUCGAUUCACGACUUUUGCCAAGACUGGUAACCCGAAUCCUCAGCCAGGUGGACUUUUCGGUGUCGAGAUAACUAACCCCGAUAUCAUGGGAGUCGAGUGGUUGCCCUAUGGCGAGUUGAAUGCUACGUUGGAUAUGAAUGUCGAGAGUAGAGUGGCGUAUAACCUCCGGUCUGCGUCCUGCCAAUGGAUCGAGAAGGAGUUGAAGCAUGACUUUAUGUUCCGGAUACCGUCCCUCUAG